UACCACUUUGAGUCUCAUCCUCUCAGCUGGGCCGAGGCCCAAAACUUCUGCAGAGAGAAAGCUCAGAGUGACCUGGUCACCAUCGCAAGCCAAGAGGACCACACAAGAUUCAAAGAAUACGUACAACAAUUAGGUUACAGUGGCAGCAUUUGGAUAGGGUUGCAUGAUGAUGUCAAGGGCUGGAAAUGGUCCCUUGAUGGCCUUACUUUGGAGCAGACAGGGUACAUAAGAUGGUCCGGAAAAGAGCCCAACAACCUUCGCGGUCAGCCUUGUGGAGCAAUGAAUAAUAAAGGUUUUUCCACCAAGUUCUGCAGCACCCCGAGAGUCUUUGUGUGCUAUGAUGAAGCGAAUGAAGGACAAGAAAACCAAUAUGUCUACGUCAGAGAGGCAAAAUCUUGGUAUGACGCACAGAGCCACUGCCGUCAGCAUUACACUGACCUGGCCAGUGUCAGGAAUUCAGCGGAGCAAACAAAGCUGAUGGAAUUGAGUGGUGGAUCUGCUAUAUCAAUUGGUCUCUACAGAGACUUCUGGGAGUGGUCAGAUCAGAACCCAUCCACAUUCCGUGCCUGGCAACCGGAUCGUCCCAGCAUUCCAACAGGCAAGGAGAACUGUGCGUACUACCAGGACGGUGGAUGGGCUGACAGCUUGUGCUCAGAAAAGAAGGCCUUCAUCUGUAACAGUGUCCCAAGCACACAGAUGGUGAAAAUUGCCAUAAAGAUGGACGCCCCUGUCAACAUGGAGGACCCAGCCAUCCAGGCAGCUUUGGCCGAGCAGAUUCGCCAGAAGUUGCAGGAAAGUGGCCAGCCAGUCGGCCAUGUCUCCUGGAAACACCAGUCAGAUGGAAAGGCCUUUCACCAGCAGAAGAAGAACAAGCAAACCAGGAAGAAACGAGAGAAGAGAAACGAACUUUGAGUGAAGAAGGUGUGUCUGU